CAUGGCGGCGCAUUUCUCGUCUCUCUCGGAGACGCCGCCGCUUCGUCUUCCCUGUUCCCCCUCCGCGCCGAGACAAAUGGUGAAGAAUAUAGCCGUUGCAGACUCUUACCGUUUCGCUUCCGCCCCCGUCACCCUUUAAAUCCCCUCCCCCUCUCUUCUUCCUCACCUCACCCAAAGCAAAUCAAGAGCCCUUCCCCCCCUGCGCUGGCCAUGGCUCCGAGAGCAGAAUCCACCUUCCUCUCCCUCCCUGCUCUCUACCUCGCUCUCCUACUCCUCUCUGUGCCCCUCGCGCGGGCGCAGGGACAGUGCUGUUCGCAGAAAACAUGGUGCGUGGCGAAGCCUUCUUCCGACGAAGCCACCCUCACCGCGAACCUGAACUACGCCUGCUCUCAAGUGGACUGCAGCAUCCUGCAACGGGGGUGCGCAUGUUUCUACCCAGACAACCUCAUCUCCCACGCCUCCAUCGCCAUGAACCUCUACUACCAGUCCAGGGGCCGGAACUACUGGAACUGCUACUUCAAGAACUCGGCCCUCGUCGUGACGACCGACCCCAGUUUCGGUAACUGCGUCUACGAAUACAUCUGAAGAGUGACCGAGUUCUCUCAUGCCUGAUGAGUCCAAAACUUACAUUACAUGUUCCUUCUCUGUUUUCUCCUCAGCAAAAUAUACAUAUAUAAUGGAUCUUCUGAA